CAACAGAUCGAACAGAUGAUUGCGAAAAUCAGCUGGCCAAACCACAACAUAACAAGCGCAGCCUGCAGGUGGAUUGGAUUUUAUAAAAACCGCAAAAAAUCCAGGAAAAUGUCGGCUUUCAUCGAGGAAACCAAGAGCCUGCUGCCGCGGAUCGCCUUCAUUGCCUGCGGCUGCUUCAGUCCACCCACACCCAUGCACCUGCGAAUGUUCGAAAUUGCCAGGGACCACUUCGAAAUGCAGGGAACCCACAGAGUGGUUGGCGGCAUCAUCUCGCCCACCCACGACUCCUACGGCAAGAAGGGCCUGGCAUCCGCCUUGGAUCGAUGUGCCAUGGUAAAGCUGGCCACGCAGAGCUCCAAUUGGAUCCGGCUUUCCGACUGGGAGGUGCACCAGAACCAGUGGAUGCGCACGCAGGCGGUGUUGCAGCACCACCAGAACUACAUAAAUAACCACAUCAAUUCCGGUGGACCAGGCGGAGAUGAUGAGCAGGACACACACCUGGCCGGAUGGCUGCCGCGGGGACUGCACGAAAGUCGGGAUCCUGUGCGCCUAAAGCUGCUGUGCGGCGGCGACCUGCUGGAGUCCUUUGCUGUUCCAGGCCUGUGGGCAGAAGCUGAUAUUGAGGACAUAGUGGCCAACCAUGGCCUGGUGGUAAUCACUCGCGCCGGCUCCAACCCGGGGAAAUUCAUCUUUGACUCCGACAUAUUGACCAAAUAUCAGAACAACAUUACGCUAAUCACAAACUGGGUGCCCAAUGAGGUCAGCUCCUCGUUGAUUCGGCGACUGCUGGGACGUGGUCAGUCGGUCAAGUACCUUCUGGACGAUCUGGUGUUGGAGUACAUCAAGCGCCAACGUUUGUUUAACUUUAAAUCUAAGUAUAUAACGGAUGCAGUGCGUCCCAACCAUUUGCUCUUUAACCACGCCUACACGGACAACAACCAGAACGCGAGCAGCUAUUCUGUGAGUGACCAGCUGGAGCAGGACAUGGACGAGUCGGACACUCCCAGCCCGCAGCUGCAGCACACGGCCACGUCGCGAGUCUUCUGCUGCGGAGAGGCCACUUUACGAGGAUCCAAGAUGCAGCGAUCCGGUCCUGGACAAGCGGUGCAAGUCAUCACCAUGCAGGAGGAGAGUCAAGCGAAGAAGCAGAAGAUUUCCCAAGUGCAACUUUAGGAAGAUGGAGAGGAGGACGAAUCUCACACGGAAUGAUACAGGAGCGCUGGAAGCUAUAUGUUGAUACUACAUGUGCAUGUAAAAUAAACUCGUUCGUUACCAA